UGAAAAAACAUUGCCACAACCUUUUUAUCUUAAUUUUCGGCGUUUAGCGUUAUCCAUGUAUCUGCUUGCACAUCCACAAUUACAUAAAAGUUUUGUAGAAACCGCCAAAAUAGAUUUAGUAAACUUCCUGAAUGAAUACGAAUGGUGUUAUGGGUGUGAAAACUUAGUCUACAAUGUGCAUUCGUUACAGCACCUCCCUGACGACGUUCGUGCACAUGGACCUUUAGAUAGUUUUUCAGCCUUUCCAUUCGAGUCUUAUAUGAGAAAAAUUAAGGAUUCCGUGCGUAGUGGGUUUGCAGUAGCUAAGCAAGCAGCACAGCGUUAUGCUGAGAGAAUGUCCUUCAGCGAUAGGCUUCAAAUUAGUGGUUUAACAAAUACUACCGCAAUAGGCCAUAAAGAUGUCUCCAGUAAACAAGUAAUUAUGUGUAACAACAGUAAAAUAACUUCAUGCCAGCCUGAUAAUGUAGUAGUAGUUAACGGCCAGCCAGGUUUAGUCACUGAUAUAAAGGAGGAUGGACUACUAAAAUUUAGGACUUUCACUGACCCACGCAAUUACUUUGAAGAUCCUUUCCCAUCUAGUGAUAUUGGAAUCUUUAUGUGCUCCGUAGUUAGCCACGAAUACUCCUGGGUAUCGGUUCAGGACAUUGAUUGUAAAUGUAUAGCCAUAAAUUGUAUCAAUUAUAUAGUUGUAAUCCCAUUGUUGCAUACUUUAUUGUAAAUGCAUUUUGUUUCAUUAGUGUUUAAGUAAUGAUGAUAAAUCAUUUACUUACGUCUUUUUUUCUUUUUAGCCAACUAACAAGAAAUACGUUAUUGUUGACGUCCUACAGGAAAAACAACUUAUGAUAGCAUCAAAGAACUGGAUAGUUGGCAAUGACCUUUGCGUUCUUCCGAACGAGCUGGUCGAUAUACACCUGCAGAAGUGCGACCAACCGAAUGAAAAUUGGUCGCUUAUGAAAUGUAAAGUGAUUCACGAAUUAGAUUCUCUGCAGUCAGCAAAAGACCUGUUAGCUGCCCUACAGGUACUGGAAUGUCGAAGGAAAAACACCUCUACGGAUGAAAACACUUUGCCACUGAACACUGAGAAGCCAAAGAGAGGUUUAAUGAAGCGUAAAGAAGAUUUUCUUUACAAUUCAGUUGACAUGGAUGUGGCUGAAAUGCAGGCUGGGAAUAGCCGCGUACAAUAUCCAAAAUUCCGUGUUUUCAACAAAGUGAUAUCGCCAAUCGCCAAUUCAACACAAUUAGAGAUAUCACCAUCCACAUCGCAAUGUAAGCCUGUUGGUGGCACUGUAUUGGACCAAUUGUAUACGGUGGUGCUGAAGAUGUCGUCAGCUAUCACUGACUUGACUCAAACGAUUAACAACAUGUCGUCCGCCAUUACGAACUUGAAUGUUAAUGUUAACCAAUUGCUUUCAAAGUCUAAUGAGCGCGAAAGACCGCAUGAAUUCGAUUGCGGACUGUCAAGUCAGGAGUUCCCUUUGUCAUCUGAAGAGGAACUACAGAUGCUAGACACUGGUUUGUCGCAGAAAGAAACCAGGGACAGAUUUAUGGCAAUGGUCACUAGGUUAUCAGGUGACGAUCCAAAAACGUCCAUGCGUUUUAUUCUGUCGCAUCUGCUGACACCGGAGGUUGCCAGUAAAUUCACGUUACUUGGCACCUCUUCUAAACGAGCACUACAUAAAUGCACGUUUUACAGCUGCAUACGAAGUAACGUAUAUCUAUUACUUAAACUUCAGGUGCCUUAACUCAUCGUUUUUUGUCAUCCUCUGUAAAUGAGAAAGACCUUGGUAAGCUAUACGACAUAGCGACACAAGGUUACUUUCACGACCUCCGAGACAAGAUGAUAAAACGAAAUAGAAGAAAAGAAAAUCAGGUAGGUACUAAUUUAAAGUGAUAACCUCCCUACGGCUCUAUAGUUACAGUCAACAAUACUGACGAACAUAACCGUAAGUUCAGCUUCAAGUAUUUGGUUGUGCAAAAGCAUGUCAUUGAGAUAUGGUUGUGACUAUUUUUUUGUUUUUUUUUAAAAUUCAGAAUUCACAGGACGACUACCCCAAUUGUGAUUAGUCCGUGCAAUUGCUUUGAUGUUGUACCUCCAUUUCAAUAAACAUUAUUCUUUCAAACAGCUUACUGUUUUACCUACAUGGGAAACUGUUGAAGUGUUGAGAAUGGGUGUUUGAGUUUAAGUGAACUAUUGAUUAAAUGCACAUUUCUUAUGAAUACAUUAUAACCUGUUCGUUUUUUUUCAGAUAAUUUCA